GGAGACGCCACGUGUGCUAUGGUGGAAACUUACGCACAAUCCUUUCCGAUCAUCUUCUCCAACUUUGUCGUCAUCGUAACAAACUCCAAAUCAUAAGCAAACGAACUCUCCAAAUCACUGAUCAGAGAUGCAACAGGGAGAUUACAAUUCCUAUUACCACCACCAGUACUCUAAUCCUAAUCCCCCCACCGUCGCUGAUCCGAUAGAUCUUUCUAGGAACACACACGCGUCAGGUCCACCGUUUACCGACGGUUACGGAACCGCCGGUUACUCUAAUUAUUCCCAGAAUUACGUGCAAACCGCUGAUCAUCAUGCUCCUCCUUCAGCUCCCGCGGCACAAACAUCUCCUCCGGCUACAUCUUUAAACCCUAAUUCCUUUUCCACCUUCAACCAACCGCCAACGAUUCAUCCACCAGCGUCAUCUUAUGGAUCAUUCGAUUCCACAGCCCCGUAUCAGCAAUCUACUACGCAACCAAUGUAUUAUCCACCGCACGAUCAGCAUCAGAGCUCUGGAUACUCCCCUGCGCCUCCUCCUCCUCCUCCUUCAUCUGCUGCCGCGCAAAAUCCUUCAAUUUACUCAUUCUCCUUGUACUCUGCACCUCCUUACACUGGCGGAGAGUCUUCCCUUCCUCCUUCCUAUGAGAGACCGCCUGUAAGAUUCGAUCAUCCUGCUUAUGGAGAUUACGACCGGAGCAGAUCGGAUAUAGGAUCAGACGUAUACGGUAAAAGAUCCGAGAUCGGAGGAUAUCAAGAUAACUAUGGCGAUGGCGUGUAUGCUUAUCAAGGAGGUAAAGUGGAGCCUUACGGGUCUCGUGGCACAGAGCCCAAGUCAUCUAAUUCCACUUUGUUUGAUGAUUAUGGAAGAUCUAUUAGCCUCUAUUCAGCUAGAGACUCCUCUCCUAGCUCGAAUUCCGCCAAGAUUGUAAGAGCUGUUCCCAAGACUGAUGAUGUGAAGGAAGAUAGCACCGGUGGUGUCCAGAAGUUCCGUGUUAAAUUGUUGGCUGAGACUUACGGACAGACCACAACUGAUGUUCUUUGUCAGCAGAUUGGAUUGGAUGGUCUUCGUAUGCUUGAUCCAAGUACUAGUCGGACUUUGAGAAUAUAUCCUCUUGAGAACAUCACAAGAUGCGAGAAACUAGAUUCUUCUAUUUUGGCUUUUUGGUCUAAGACUCCGGUAGAUAUCGAUGCUAAACGCAUCAGACUGCAAUCAAAUAGUUAUACCACCAACACACUUCUGGACAUAGUGACUGCUGCAAUGUUUCAGGCUAAGGAGAUUGGGGGAAGUAGCAGACCUCCUGCCUCUGUAAAAAUGGUGGAACAAACUGUUGAGAAGAAGAAAGGGUUGGGUGAUUGGAUGAACAUUAUAAAGCCUGUAAAUGAGGAGAAAGAUCAUUGGGUUCCAGACGAAGCUGCUUCGAAGUGCACGUCAUGUCGGUCAGAUUUCAGUGCAUUUAUGCGAAGGCACCACUGCCGGAACUGUGGUGAUGUCUUCUGUGACAAGUGCACGCAGGGUAGGAUUGCCCUCACUGCAGAGGAGAAUGCUCCUCAAGUCCGUGUCUGCGACCGAUGCAUGGCCGAAGUGUCACAAAGGUUGAUUAAUGCCAAGGAAUCUGUUAGCAGGAACGUGAGUGUACAGAGCCAUGAAGACCUCGCUAGGAAGUUACAGGAGGAAAUGCAGAAAAACCGAAAGUCUUCAUCUGGUUCGAGGGAAGGAUCUGGUCGGCGGAUGAAGGACGUAGCUUGUCCAACAUGCACAGUGCACUUGCAGGUUCAGGUUCCAAUCUCAGGAUCAGAGACCAUCGAGUGCGGUGUUUGCCAAAAUCCUUUCCUUGUUAGCUCGCAUUGA